AUUUGACCUCGGUUAUUUCUGAGUUCCCAGAUGUCUUGAAAGCACCAACAGAGUCACCGGCAAGGAGGUCAGAGUACCACUUGACAGGAUCUGCGCAGCAACUGCGCAGUUUAUAUGUUCGAGAACGUGCGUGGUCGCUUCCAGUGUUUUCCUUUUUUUCAAACCGAACGUUGCUAGCCUUGCCAGGCUGCCGAAGCUGUGUGCAAGAUCAAGGGACUGGAUUGACUACCCAUGUCGUUGUCCCGUUUGGUUUUGAAGUCGGCUUAAUGCUGUUUUGUUAUAGUAUUUCGUAUUUUAACUAUCAGAAGAAGUGAUCUGUCGUCACAGAAUCUGGGGUCAUAAUGUCCCAGGUGAUGUAAGCCCUCUGUCUGCCUCUGAAGCCAAAGAUGAGUGAGGUGCAGGCCACGGUGGAGUUCUCUGUUGAGCUCCACAAGUUCUACAAUGUGGACCUGUUCCAAAGAGGGUUCUACCAGAUCCGUGCCAGUAUGAAGGUGCCACCACGAGUCCCUCACAAAGUAGAGGCCAGUCUACUCCACCCACCAGGUUCUGAUCUGCCCUUCCCUGCAGCCGUGGUCGAUGACGUCAUCUGCAGCAAGACCUUCCAGAUCCUCUAUAAGAACGAGGAGGUGGUUGUCAAUGAUGUGCUGGUGUUCAAAAUCAUGAUGCUGCUGGAUGAGAAGAAGGUAAUGAAGCUAGACUGUAGGCUGAGGAAGCUAGACUGUAGGCUAAGAUGAGGAAGCUAGACUGUAGGCUAAGAUGAGGAAGCUAGACUGCUAGACUAAGAUGAGGAAGCUAGACUGCUAGACUAAGAUGAGGAAGCUAGACUGCUAGACUAAGAUGAGGAAGCUAGACUGCUAGA